CUCACCAACUCUAUUCAAGUCUUUCUUAGAGACCCGAUUACUCAUUUUAGGACCCGACCCGGUUUUCACGUACCUUCUUCUCUCUCCUAAGUCCUACCCUAUGAAGCGGGGCAAGAAGAACUCUGACGCGGGUGGCCCAGUGGUCAACUCGGAUACUCGAACCGGGUCUAGCGAAUUGGAGGCACUGAAACCAAGUUUGAGCUCGAUGAAAUCGAUGGGUCUACUUCUGGCAGUUCUUAUGGUUGCUUCGGUUAUGUUUUCUCUGUCGGUGGUACUGAGAGACCCACCUUCCGAUGAUGUUUUGGAGACUGAAGCUGCCUCUAGGGUUCUUCCCCUCAGAUUCCACCAAGAUGGUGAAUUAACCGAGAAGAAGGAUCAGGUCGGCAACAAUCUUGUCCCUGGUUCAGAUAAAGAAUCAUGCUUGAGCAGGUAUGAAGCGAGUUUAUAUCGGAAGGAAUCGCCUUUUAAGCAAUCUUCUUACCUGGAUUCUAGAUUAAAAAGAUACCAAGAUCUUCAUACACGGUGUGGACCAUUCACUAGUUCCUAUAACUUAACACUGGACAAACUCAAGUCGGGAGAUUCGUCUGAUGGUGGAGUAUCUGGUUGUAGUUAUGUAAUAUGGUUAAACUCUGAUGGUGAUCUUGGAAAUAGGAUGCUGAGUCUAGCUUCAGCUUUUCUUUAUGCUCUCUUAACAAACCGGGUUUUGCUUGUGGAACCAGGAGCUGAAAUGGCUGAUCUUUUCUGCGAGCCAUUUCCAAACACUUCUUGGUUUCUUCCCUCAGAGUUUCCGCUCAAGAGCUAUUUCAAUGAGCAUUCUCUUUUUCGCGAUUCUGGCAACCCAUCGUUUGCAUAUCGCCAUCUUGUUCGUGAUUCCAGUGACCAACAAAAGCUUUUCUUUUGUGAGGAGAGUCAAGUUUUGUUGAACAAUACCCUGUGGUUGAUCAUGAAAGCGGAAAGUUUCUUUGUCCCAUCUCUCUUCUCGGUCUCUUCAUUUGAGCAGGAACUCAAAAAGCUCUUCCCCGAAAAAGAAACGGUUUUUUACUUCUUGGGUCAGCAUCUCUUUCACCCAACUAAUGUUGUCUGGGGUCUCAUUACACGAUACUAUCGCGCUUAUCUUGCUACAGCUGAUCAACGAGUAGGAAUCCAUAUUGGGGUCUCUGAUACUGGAAAUGAUCAGUUCCAACAAUUGGUAAACGAGAUUCUAGCUUGUGGAAUUAGACAUGAGUUUCUUCCUGAAGUAGAACAACAGAGAAAUCUCCCUUCAAGCCAAGUUUUAAACCGAAAAUCAAAGGCAGUGUUCAUCUCAUCUUCUUCUCCAGGGUACUUUGAGAGUAUCAGGAACAUAUAUUGGGAAAACCCGACGGUGACGGGAGAGAUAAUCAGUGUUCACAAGCCGAGCCAAAAGGAAUACCAAAAAACACAGAGGAAAAUGGAGGGCAGGAGAGCAUGGACUGAGAUUUACCUUCUGAGUUGUUCUGAUGUGCUGGUUGUCACAAGCCCGUGGUCCUCAGUCGUGGACGUGGCUCACGGCCUUGGAGGGUUAAAGCCAUGGAUAUUAAACAAGGUUGAGAACGGGACUGGCCAUGAUCAUUACUGUAUGAGAGCAAGGUCAAUGGAGCCUUGUUCCCAAACGCCAUGGUCCCAUGGCUGAAACGAAUAAGAGAUGAAUAGUCUUUUUUUUCUUUACUAGGUGUUGUGAGGUCAAGAAUUUCUGAGUUUCCCAAUAGACACGUUAGGAAUAUUAGAAUUAACUACAUGUAUCCGUUCAUUACUUGAUCGAGUUCUAUAUUUUUUCCAA